GCAACAGAAUGAUGGCGGCGGCUUAGGGGGUAUCCCGCUGCUCCCGCCGCCUUCCCGCAGGGCUUCAGGCGUAAAGCUUAGGGGUUCAGGCGUAGAGCUUCCCUGCUCUCGGCGCCCCGGCGGUUUGCGCGGUGCGGGCCGUGGCGGGGCUGCUGUGCCCCUGCCGAUCCCUCCGGAACUGUCCGUAGCCCCUCUGGAUCGUGCCCUCAGGAGCCAGAUUCUGUCCCUGAUCGUACCCUUGGGAGCCUAAUCCUGCCCCUAAACUUGCCCUCAGGAGCCUUAUCCUCCGCAAAAGCUGCCUCCCCGUCUGCCGUGCGCCUCCCGAGCCCCCAUCGCUGCUCGGCUUUCAGAAGCCCCGUGUCAAGAAAUUGACACCAACCUGUGUUUGAAAACGUGAACCAUUAAAAACCCAAACCAAACCCAGCGGCAGUGUGAUUUUUUUUUUCAUGGCUUAUUCUGUGUGCAGUUCACCUCUGCACUUCUUCCCUUGAGCUACGGGAGUUUUUUUUAUUUUCAGUCAGGAGGAGGAGCAGGAUGGAUGUGCUGAGGCCCACCCUGGUGAGGAUUGGGGGGCGAGUGUACAGGAAGAAUCUCAUCCAAGAGCAGCCCUUCCCGCAGGAGGAGGAGCAGGAUUUCUGUGCAGGCCCCGGUGACUGCGCGGACGACGAUCCCUGCGACGCCUUUGUGGUGGAGGAGACUGAGCGAGGCUUCCAGAGCCGGGUGGAGGUUCCCAGCCCCUUGUACAAGUAUAUCAUUGGGAAGAAAGGGGAAACCAAGAAGAGGCUGGAAACAGAGACUCGAACCUCCAUCAGCAUCCCCAAGCCCGGAGUGGAAGGAGAAAUUGUGAUCACGGGGCAGCAGCGCAGCGGUGUCGUCUCCGCCCGCACACGGAUCGAUGUGCUCCUGGACAGCUUCCGAAGGAAACAGCCCUUCACACACUUCCUGUCCUUUGCUCUCAACCAGCCUGCCAUCCAGGAGAAGUUCCUGCAGUUCAAGGAGGAAGUGCUGGAGAAAUGCUCACAAGAUCACGGGGUCAGCAGCAGCCUGUUCCAGAACCCUGCAAAGCUUCACCUGACUCUCGGGACGCUGGUGCUCCUGAACGAACAAGAGAUCCAGAAAGCGUGUGACCUCCUACAGCAGUGCAAAGAGGACUUUGUGGACCAAAUCACUGGAGGCAAGCCCCUGGCCGUGGAGGUGGCUGGAGUGGAGUACAUGAACGACGACCCCGCCAUGACCGACGUCCUUUACGCCAAAGUCCGCAUGAAGGAUGGCUCAGACAGAUUGCAGGUGAUUGCUGAUCAGCUGGUGGAGCGGUUUGUGGCCUCUGGCCUGAUGCUCAAAGAAUGGGACAGGGUGAAGCUGCAUGCUACAGUCAUGAACACUCUCUUCAGGAAAGAUCCAACUGAAGAGCGAAACAACACAAUGACUGGUAAAUCAUCUUUCAAGGAGCGGGAGUCAUUUAAUGGCCGAAAUAUCCUCAAGCUCAUCACUUUAUGAUUCCUACGUGGAAUGCAUGCAGAACUCCCAGGAGACAGCAUCUGUGAACGUACCAAGAGCUUCUUGGCAUUUAUGUGGCAUUUACUUUGGCUCAGGAAAAUAAAAAUAUGAAAAAGAAGCCUCCCAUCACAUGCCUUGGAUCUUUCUCCCUGAACUCCGUGUGUGCUGCAUCUUCUUACUUUGGUGGUACUUUUCCAGAGAGAGAUGGUUAUAUUGUUAUUGCUUCCCAAGGGAUUUUCCAGUGUCACAGAGGAGAUACUCCUGAAGUGGGAGGUGGGACUUUUAUGACCAAGAUUUUGUCCUUCCUGAAGUCUGCAAGCUUUAUUCUUCCCAAAGGAGAUGAGGUGAAAGGGCCUCUGCUGCUGCCUUUUAAACCUGCCAGAGGCUGAAAGAAAAGGAGAGGGGAAGGACUGUUCCUCAUGUUGUCCGUGUGGAAGGACUGGGUGCUAUAUUGGGGAUGGAGAGACACUCCAGAGCCAGCUGCACGCUUGCAGAACAGAACCAUCUGCAGCUCUGAGGCUGGUGCUCCUGGCGAUGGCCCCGGUGACAUCCGGCCUUCCCUGUCCUUCCUAACCCUCCCUUCCAUCCCUGGGACUCCACACGACGGCUUCAUCCUAUGACACCUGGGCAGGACUGCAAAAUGUUGGAUCCCCAGCCAGCGGUCCUUCAAAAAAAGCCAUGGAAAGGAAGCAGUUGCUAAUUUGGAGAGGAGGUUGGGAAUGCCGGGAAGAGCCGCCUCGCUGGAUGAGUGCCUGCCUACCUGCUUUUCCUACGCUCCUCGUGCAUUAUUCCUGGCCAGCUUCCAAGCACAAUUAAACCUCUGACAGAUAAUCAUUGGCGGAGUGCUGUCCAGGGUGAAUAAUACAGGAAUCAGGUAUUUCUUUUUUUGGCACCAAAUUGUUUCAGAAAACACAUUUUGAAAGGCAAAAAUAGAAGGAAAAAGAAUGUGUUCAUUGAACAAACUCCCCAGGUCCUGACAUGGUGCCUGGUUGUGUCUCGUCUUCUGGGGGCCACCAGGAGCUUUGGUUGGGGUUUGUCUGUUGUAGUUUUGGGGGAGUUUAGGUCACAAAUGGAAGGGGGCUUGGUGCAUUUUUUGGAGUGAGGAAGAAGGAGCUCUGCCAGCAUGUGCUGCAGGCUGGGAACUGGGGCAGCUGUGGAGGUAACAGCCUUCUGCAGAGGGCCUGGCAGGGCUGUGAGGGAGUGAGGCACACUGAACAGGUAGGUGGGAUCCAAAAAGCAGAGGACUGGAGGCUGUGGAUUGUGCAGCAGAGGAGGUUGAUCAGAAGAGCUCUAAGGGAUGCAGUUUACUGGAGUUCGCUCGCUUAGUGCGCUCGCUUAGAGUCCAUCAGUGUUUCCCAGUGUUACUUGCACAUUUCAAGAUUUAAUUUUUUUAAGAUUUUUGAUCCAUCCGUGGUUCUUUGCCAUUUCCUCUAUCAAUCCUUUUUGCCUGGUGCUGAUAUCAGCUCUGUAACCCAGCAGUUUGCCAAGGAGUCAGUGCCUCCCUGCUGUAUCUGGCAUGGGAACCGCAGUUGUGCUUUCGCCAGAUGAUUUGGAAGGGCAACUAUUCUCUGCUCUUCUCCAGUGUUUUCCAUCCCAAGCUGUGGACGUAUUACAAGCAUUAAUUCAAAUGUAUCAUCCCUUAUGAGAUGGAAAAAUACCCAGGGGAGGGUGCGGAGAGUCUGCAAACAGAUGUGAUUUGUUGCUCCAUGUUGAGGCACCUCUUCAGAAACGCUGCUUAAUUUUUCUCCGUGCUUGUCAGCGGGUGCCUGGGAUUUUGUUUGUUCCUUCCCUUCCCCGAAGGGGACAGCAGCACCAUAGCAUGCUGAUUUCCCACGGAAAGCAGCCUCCCAUCCCUCCUGGCUUCCUGAGCCGUUCCUUCAGGGAUGGGGACACGCUGGGAUAGCGGCUGCUGGCGGGUGAGCUGGGGAGUGUUGUCACUGAGUGCAGAGCAGAUGAAGCUCUGAAGGCUGCGGCUGCUCCGAAGCUCCACUUCAAUCUCCUGGUUGGGGCUCUCUGUGCGCUGCUGGACCCCGUUCCCAGCGCUGGCCUGGCUGUCAGAACUCAUCUCCUGCACGUGUUCUCCCGUGGAGGCAGAGCCUGGUGGCACCCAGUGCAUUCCCAUGCCUUCCUGGAUGGGAUCUUUGGGUGGAUAAACGCCUUCAAGCCGGGCGGAGCAGAGGAGCAGGGAGUGCUGGCAUCCCGUCCUCAGCGUGGUCCGUGCAGCAGCAGUGACAGUGAGCUCAUCCACAGCCGUGGGCUCCCGGAGCUGUCAGCCUCUUCCUUCCUGCCUCUCAGAAGUUCUUAAUUUCUGUGUUUGUUCCAGAUACGGAAAACAGGACCCCCCUCAGCUCCCUGCCGGGUUUGUGAGGCGGAUUGGUCACAGCCUAAUGACAUUACACGGCUCUGCUCGCCCACAGCGCCGGCCCACCGGGGACACUUGUGUGCUGCUGAUCUGUAAUAGCCCAGCCCUGAGGCACUGCUUCCCGCGGCUGGAGUUCACAGCAGAACUCCCCCCAGUCCGGGGAGGGGUGUGGGGGUGUGUGGGGGUGUGUGUGUGUGUGCUUAGAUCCAUUAUAUCCCGUGGUAAUGCUGCUCUUUGGUGGGAAUUUUUAAUUGCAAGGCAAUUAACAACAAGUCGUUGCUCCCUCGGCGUUUCUGAGCACUGAUGCUCUCAGCAGAGCUGCUUGGACUUUUUAUGAAUUCAGGAUGGGUCUUUUUUUUUUGGCUGACUACCGUAAACGACAUAAGGCUUUAAAAACUGAUCAAUAAUCCUGAUGGUCGCAGCAAAAUCCAGGCCAGGCUGUGUGAGUGCGAGCCAGAGAUUACGUGAAGGAAGUUUUAAAUACCUCUGACUCUCUUCCCUUCCCUGGACUUUUGUCCUCCUGUUGCCCAGUGCUUCUCCAGCUGAAUCCAUUAAUAUUUCUCAUGCUUGUUGAGCCCGUGACAGGUGAUUUUAAAGCCCUGGUUUGUGUUGGCAUCUCUGCUCUUCAUAACAGGAGCUGAAACGUGUUGCCGCUGUCCUUACAUGGUUUAGCACCAUGAUUUAUUACUGUUGUUUCCAGGUUGGAACACAGAGGUGCUGUCUCAUUCCCGGAGGGUUGUCUGUGGGAAGCAAGCCCCCCCAGGAGGGCAGCUUGACAAACACACUUGGGAACAGGACAUCGUUUAGGUGCCUGUUUUAACUGCUUCACUGAGGAGUCAUUCUCCUUCACUUUUGGGUGUCUACAUUGCUUCAGCAAAACCUACUUUACAUGCUUAAAAGGGGGGGAAAAAUGCGGAAAAGAGUCAUCCUGGUUUUGAUUUGUUGCUCUGCCUUUGAUGAGAAGUUGUUGUGGUUUGGGGGCUGAAGUUUGUACAAGCAGUUUUGGCUCAGGUUUGCAAGGAGCGAGCGGUUUGAUGUGUGAUUCCAUCUCUCCCAAAACAAGUCUUCAGCCUCUUGUCUUCCUUCAGAAAAUGAUUGUCUCGCCCCAAGGGAGCCCUGCUGUGUAAUUUGUGGGUAAUCGAGGGGAACGGACCUCAGAGGGAGAAGAGUUUCCAGCAUCUGAAUGGAAUUGUCUUAAAUGGGAGAAAUUGGGGUAUUAGAAAUUACAGGUGUGCUGCUGGCUUUUCCUGGCUCAGGAUAAAUGACUCUGGGGAAGAAGUGGAGGAAAACUUGCUUUCUGGGAGCUACUGCAGGGCUGCCUGCCUUUCAUCAUUACCUGCACGGUCGUGUCCUUGGAUCUGGCCCCCUGGAAGGGAGAGAGAGGGAGAGGGAGGAGCUAUUGCUUGUGGUAGUUUGCAGACUGACCUGUGAAACGUGGGUUAUCCAUCGACCAGUUCUCUCCCUCUCUUAGGCACUCCUGGCUUUCAGGAAGGGCAGCGUGGCUGUAGGCUCUACCAUGCCCUGCAGAUCCCGGGGUGCUGCUGCCAGGAGGGUGCUGUGCCCUGCAGGCACCAGCUCUCUCCCCGUGGAUCCCCCGUGUCCUUCCAGGCAUCCUCACUGAGCUGUUCCUGAGCCUUUGGCUGUGGUUUGAAAGGCAGGGCACAUCCCUGGCGUGUUUUCUCGGAGGUGCUGGGUCUGGGGUUAAAAGUUAACAACGCUCUUUCCUUAUUCCAUUCUAAUUCAAUUUGGGAAGGCAGCAGGGAGACAGAGGGCACUUAGUCCUCUAAGUGCUAUUCCCUUGAUGGGAGUUAGUAGCUCCUGCAGCAUGCGUGGUGUUGAUUUUGUAAGCUGACCUUUACCUCCAUCAGGUUCAUUCUCAUUUGUAAUACUUAAAGAAAAAAAUCCCAACCUCUUAUUUAUUCUUUCGGCAUCGAGCACCGUAAAUCCUUCGGUGUGUUUGGAUUUGUAGAAUUACUGUGCUUUUGCUGAGCCUUGUGUCCCACUCCAGUCAAAUGACACAGCUUUUGGUGACUAUGAUGGUGUUUCUCCUCCUCCUCUCUGCCUCCCUUCUGCCUGCUUCUGAUCCACACCUGCUCAUGCUCCCUGCAGCCUUUACAGGGAAAGGUGGGUCCUUGGCAACUGUGGGAAGGGACAGGAAAGGGAGCUGGGCAGUCUUAGGGUUAUCAGCCUUGGCUUCUGAAGUGCAACAACCUCCAGGUACCUUCUUUCCUGGUGCAGGAUUAAAACUGCCAUAAAAUGCUUUUCCAGGAGGCAUUUCAUCAGCUGUGCCACAGGCCUCCUCCAAAACCGGAGCGUUUCCGUGGUGGCUGGGGAGAGGGGGGAGUUAUAAAUAUCUUUCUCAGCUCUGCUUGGCUUCUCCCCAAGAUAACUAGAAGUGAAAGUCAAAAGCAGAGGCUCGGCCUUCUAAAAUCCCCGGGGACCUGAGCACAGGAUGCUUUUGUGACAGGAAGCCAAU